AUGAAGGUCUUGUCCUUGGCCCUGCUCACCCUGCUGCUGGCAGCUCCCUGGACUGGAAGCCAAGGCAUUUCCCUCCGCAGCUCCUACGCCGUGUGCUGCCACAGCUUCAUCCGGAGGCCAAUCUCUGCUGCCAGAAUCAGGAGCUACCAGGAGACACCUUCCCGCUGCUCCCACAAAGCCAUGCACUUGGAGCUGACUAAUGGGAAAAAAGUCUGUGUGAAGCCAGAGGCCUCCUGGUUCCAGCAGUACCAGCAGCAGCAGGCACCAACCAGCAGCUCCACCUGA